GAUUCAGUAUCUGCUUGACCUUCGAUGUCCUGCUGGGUUGCAAUGCAGGACACUGACAGACGAAUGGGUGACCGGCUGCCUAACCGUCAGCCCCGGUGUACACAGUAGCAGGAAGGGGCGGUGCUGUCGGCGGACACCCGGUUCUGAUUCGCACAAGCGAACCACCUGACCUCGUCUUUGCUAGCGGCGUGGAGGCGACUGCGUGGUCAGCCUGACGCUGAGCUAGCUUAACAAUUGUGAGGGGGCAUAAAGGCGGUUAGAUGUAGGCACCACAAGAAGGAAGGUGGGAGGGAACGACAAGAUACGGGGAAAAGGUAUAAGACCCCGCUUCCUGCUGAACUGAAGUGUGGAACUCCAGAGCUGAAUGAGUUCGACCCCUCUUCUCUUGUAUCUACUACAUACACAAAUACUCAAAAUCAAAAACAACAUCACUCAUCUCCCAUCCCACCUUCCCGUCCAAGAAACACUCAACAUCAACCAAACAAACAAGAUGCACGGAUCCAGCUGCCCCAAGUGCGGUGCCUCGUCCGAUGGCGCCUCUAAGUCGUGCGGUUCCUGCGGCGCCAGCUGCCCCAACUGAGUUGACCAACCCGCGGUACCACAGCUCCUCACCGCAAUAGGACGUUUGUCGUUGGUGCUCAGAACCACUGAGGGUUGGACGGGAUGACGUUUAUCACCAAUGGAUUGCUGCGGAAGAGAGCAAGCUUGGGUUCUGCGGUUAACAGAAUCG